CCGAAAUUUAAAAGACUUGUUCCCGUAGAUUUGAGCGAUGCAAAGCACCCAGAACACUCUUCAGACGAAUGAACAAUUAACUUUCACUACGAACUCGUCCUUUCCGGUGUGUCAGCAGCUAUACAAUGGCAGAAAGAGGUGAUAAUAAUGGCAAUCUCAAUGACCGCAUCCCGUUCCAGGAACAGCCAAAAUCAAAGUUUCCCAACCCAUCUUGUUUGAACGGCAUUGCAAGACGCCCGCCAGCUUCUCCAGCCAAUUUUGCGACUAAGGCAGCAAAAAUGAAACAUUGCGGCAGGCCCAUCGCAGACUACAGGACCGCCUGUGUUGACCGUAAGACAUAUGCAGCCAAUCGCGAAAAAGUUCCAGGGACGAAGCGCCAGAAAAAGAAGAAACAGUCUACCAAGCUUCUCCCGGGGGGCUUAUAUAAUGGUCGCUGGAGGCCUGGAAUCUACUGGCCUGUGGUCAUUCUCUCUUAG